AUGGCGAAGCGCACAGCAGACGAUCGCGAGGAUGCGCCGCUCAAGGGCGGCGAGCGUCCCGAGCAGAUGGACGUUGACAUGGACAAGGACAUGGGCGAGUUCGAGGAUGAGUUCGAGGACGAGUUCGAGAGCGAAGACGAGAUCAUCGAGGCUGGCGUGGAUGGACGGCCAGACGCCGAGCGAGAGGCCGAGGAGAAAGAACAGGCCAUGGAGGUCGACCAAGGAACCUUCAUCGUCGGACGAAGCAAGCUAGAACCCGGCCAGACGCUGGCGCCCGACCUGACGACGUAUGAAAUGCUGCACGGCCUCAACACGCCCUGGCCGUGCCUGUCCUUUGACAUCGUCAAGGACUCCCUCGGCGACAACCGCAAGGCCUACCCGCACACCAUGUACACCAUCACCGGCACGCAGGCCGAGUCGGCCAAGGCGCACGAGAACGAGCUGCUGGUGCUCAAGUUCAGCGGCCUGAGCAAGAUGGACCGCGGCGGCGACGACUCCGAGUCGGACGACGACGACGACGAGGACACGGACCCGAUCCUCGAGAGCAAGUCGAUCCCGCUCAACUCGUGCACGAACCGCAUCCGCUCGCACCAGAUCCCCAGCCAGGACCCGUCGCGGCCCCCGACGACGCUGACGGCCACCAUGACCGAGUCGGCCAGCGUCUUCAUCCACGACGUCACCCCCCACCUCGCCUCCUUCGACGUCCCAGGAACCGUCAUCACCGCGCAGCAGAACAAGCCCAUCUCCACCAUCCGGGCGCACAAGGCCGAGGGCUACGCCGUCGACUGGUCGCCCCUCGUCCCCGGCGGCAAGCUGCUGACGGGCGACAACGACGGCCUCAUCUACCUGACGUCGCGCACCGACGGUGGCGGCUGGGUCACCGACAGCCGGCCCUUCCAGGGCCACGCCAGCAGCGUCGAGGAGAUCCAGUGGUCGCCCUCGGAGCAGUCCGUCUUCGCCUCCGCCUCCAGCGACGGCACCAUCCGCAUCUGGGACGUCCGCUCAAAGUCCCGCAAGCCCGCCAUCACCGUCCAGGUCUCCGACUACGACGUAAACGUCAUGUCCUGGUCCCGCCACCAGACCAACCUGCUCGCCUCCGGCGCCGACGACGGCACCUGGGCCGUCUGGGACCUGCGCCAGUGGAAGGCCAACGCCAACAAGCCCCAGCCGCUCGCCAGCUUCAACUACCACAAGGAGCAGAUCUGCAGCAUCGAGUGGCAUCCGACAGAUGACUCCAUCGUCGCCCUGGCUGCCGGUGACAACACCGUCACCCUGUGGGAUCUGGCCGUCGAGCUGGAUGAUGAGGAGAGCAAGGACACGGCCGGCGUCAAGGACGUGCCGCCGCAGCUGCUGUUCGUGCACUACCUCAAGGACGUCAGGGAGGUGCACUGGCACCCCCAGAUUCCGGGCAGCUUGAUUGCUACGGGCGAGGAGUUUAGUGUGUUCAGGACCAUCAGUGUCUAA